AUGGAGUCCAUCUCAGUGCUCAUGGAAGCUCUGGAUCUAAGCUCGAACCCAAAGGAAUUCUUCGAUGGCUCCAUAAAGGUGUUUGAGGAGUUCAUGGAUCUUUUCAAAGACAAAGGACAGGCUGAAGUGGCUUCCACAGUGCAGGUGGAGCUGGAGUCGUUCAAAUCCACCAAGCUCGACAUCGCAGUCACGGGGGAGACGGGUGCCGGGAAAUCGUCCUUCAUCAACGCCCUCCGGGGACUGACCGCUGAGGAUGACGGGGCUGCCCCAACUGGGGUGACAGAAACGACGACGGAGCCGACUGUUUAUCCCUAUCCAAACCACCCCAACGUGAGCCUGUGGGACCUGCCCGGCAUUGGUGCCCCAGAUUUCCAGCCAAACACGUACCUGCGGCAGGUGAAGUUCAAACGCUAUGACUUCUUCGUGAUCAUCGCUUCGGAGCGCUUCAAAUGCAACCACGUGGCCCUGGCCCAGGAGAUCGAGAGGAUGGGGAAGAGGUUCUAUUUUGUGCGCUCCAAGGUGGAUGAAGACUUGCGCAACGAAGAAAGGGAUCACCCUAGAACAUUCAGUCAGGAGAGCAUCCUGGAGCGACUCGGGAUGGACUGCAGGAAACACCUGCAAAAGAUAGGGAUGAGCAACCCAGAGAUUUUCCUUCUCUCCAGUUGUGAAUUCACUAAGUAUGAUGCUCCUGCCCUGGUCAAGACUUUGCAGGAUGAUCUCCAAGGUCUGCAGAGACUUGCCUUUCUGCUCAGUCUGCCAAACCUGUCUGCAGAAAUCAUAGAGGAGAAGAAAGCUGCCCUGCAGAAGCUGAUAUGGCUAAUCUCUGUCGCAUCGGCUUUAGUCAAUGUCAUUCCAAUCCCGCAGCUCUCUGUUGCUUGUGAUAUUAGCAUCCUGCUGGGAUCCAUGAUUGCCUUCUACAAGCACUUCCGCCUAGAUGAGGGCUCCUUGGCUAAUCUGGCCAGGCAGACUGGGAAACCGAUAGCAGAGUUGAAGGCCGUUAUCACAUCUCCUGGGGCAAAAGAAAUAAACAGAGAUGUUGUAAUCAAAAUGCUUCUAAAGGAGGAGAAGGGUUUACCUAGAUUAACUGCAAAUCUGCCAGUGCUUGGUCCCAUGUUAACUGCGGGAAUCUCUUUUUUAACCACCUACUUCAUGCUGUUGAGCUUUCUCGAUAAAGUGGCUGAAGAUGCCGAAAGGGUUCGGAAGACUGCUUUGAAGGAAGACGGGAAAAAGCCGGCCAGCAGCAGGUCUGGCUCCUCGGUGGAUCUGCGCAAGCAGGUGCUCAGGGCCAGGGGUGCAGCCGCCCUGCUCCUGCGGCAGGUCUCGGCAGCGUUUGCCGCCGUGCUACCGCCUCCGAAGGAUGGCUCCGGCCUUUCAUCUCUGACCGAAGCCCAGGGCCAUUCUGGGCAACGACUCCGCAGCCGCGAGGGCUCCCGUCUCCUGGGGCUCAUCCCCUCCCCUCCCCAUUCAGCAGCUGCAGGAAACCGGCAGCCGGUCACCGCUGCUGAGCGGGCCGCGAGUUACGGGAAAGGCCCUGAUAAGGCAGCUGCAGUUUCCUGUCUUCAGGAAACGAGGCCGAGCUCUGAGAAUGCGCCGCAUGGAGCUGAAAUGUUUCUUCUUCUCUGCAGUAGCUUGAGCACCAUGGCUCUCGAUGGGUUCAAAGCCGCUGUCUAUCAAGGGAGCCUAACAGAAGCUAUUUCUAAUGUGCAGGAUUUUUACAGCCACACCCUCAGCAUUGCCGUUACAGGGGAGUCAGGGUCCGGGAAGUCCUCCCUCAUCAACGCCAUGCGGGGGCUACAUGCUGGUGAUGAAGGUGCUGCUGAAACCGGGAUGCUGGAUGUCAUGAGGGAGCUGAUGGCUUAUCCAGAUCCCGUCCUUCCAGGAGUCACCCUCUGGGACCUACCAGGGGUGGGGGUGUCCUAUUUCCCUCUAGACAUCUACUGUGAGCGGUUCAAUUUGAGCCAAUUUGAGUUCUUCAUCAUUGUCGGCUCCCAGCGCUUCUGCUCCGACCACGCCAGGCUGGUCCGUGAGAUCCAGAGACUGGGCAAGAGGUUCUACUUUGUGCGCUCCAAAGCCAACGUGGACCUGGACACUUCCAGGAGGCAGCGUUCCUCCAGCGACAAUGGGGAGAGGAUCCUGCAGCAGAUCAGGGAGGACUGCAGGAGAGGCCUGGGAGCAGAAGGAGUGGGCCACCCACAGGUUUUUGUCGUGUCCAGCUGGGAACCCAACCACUACGAUUUUCCCCUCCUGAGGCAAACUUUGCAGACGGAGGUGCAGAGCCUGAAGAGACACGCCUUCCUGCUUAGCCUGCCUGCUAUCGCCUUGCCCAUCGUCAAGCAGAAAAAAGCCACCCUGAAGGGGCAGAUUUGGGAAACAGCCCUUUUCUCAUGUCUUCUCACUGCCGUUCCUGUCCCAGGCCUCUCUUUCUUGUGCACCUUCUUCAUCUUCAGGAAACACCUGUUCCGAUACUAUAGCAGCUUCGUCGUGGACGACAGGUCCCUCUCUGCUCUCGCCCAGCAGGUUGGGAAGCCCAUAGGGGAACUGACGGCCGUGAUGACGUCCUUGGGAACGACCCUCAUGAUGGCUCUGAAGCUGCUGUCGGACUCGGUGGGGGCCACCGUGAUGGUAGCAGAAUAUUCAUGGAAGCGCCUCCCCGUAUUUGGUGCCAUGGUGCCCGGAGGGGUGGCGCUGCUUACCACGUUCUUCGUGCUGCAGCAGUGUUUGGCCUCAGUAGCUGACGAUACCCAGCGGGUUCUGAGCAAAGCGCUGGAGGCAGAAGAGGAAACACCAUCUAGGAUUGGAUGUCGUGUCGGAUGGGCCUGCUGCUGUCUAGCAGACAUGGUCUUGGACUUCAAGCAGGAAAGCUUCAUGCUUCUCCAUCCAGGAGUCCCAUGUCCAGUCCCCAUAAACCAUUUAGGGGUGUUGUUGCACAUGGGUCAAAGUGCCCAUAACGAAGGAGACAGACUCAGCGACAGCUCAACGCUCCUGAGGUUUCGCCCCACAAGGAAGGAGGCAGCUUCCUUCUUGACAUUCAUACAACAAAAAUAA